AUGGAGAAGCUUGGGCAGCAUGUCCGGAAUCAAGAUGCCACUAUACUACAUCUGCAAAAACAUACCCAACAGGGAUGUUUAGGUGAUCCUGUCUAUGCAUCUAAAGAUGGUUAUUGUGCUGAUGUGGCAAAUAUGAAACGAAUGAAUGAGCAUGCUGACAAUGUGGAGGAUGAUGAUCUGCAGCUAGAUUACGAAAACCUUAGUCAUGUACAGAAGAGGCAGAAACUUAUGAUGCAGAGAAAAAUAGAUGAUCUUAGCUCAAAGAAACAGAUGGAGCAAGAUUAUUAUGUGGAGAAUGAGGAUCUGCCAGCACAUUACAAAGAUAGUUGUAGUAACGAUAAGGUUAUCUCCAAGGAAACUUAUGCUACUCCCUCAAAUUUUGAAGCAUCUCAGUACCAAAUGAACAAGAUCUCAAAAAGGCCUAGUGCAUCAGUACCUAAGAAUCAUCGUGGCACAACAAGUUUGUCAACUGGCAAUACAAUGAAGGUUGGCACCAAAGUAUACUUACAAAGAUGGAAAAAUCGAAAUAAGAAUGUUGCAAUGGGUAAACUAGUGAGUUGUGAUCCAAAACAGAAACUUGAUGGUGUUCAGCUAGGCAAAGAAUUUUGGAUGGUUUCUGUUAGUUUUGUAAUGGUAGAAGAUGAACCAUUGAUACGACCAUACAAAAACUACAAGGUUCUUAGAGAUGUAGAAGGAGGAGUCCAUGUUGCAUGGCCUUCAACUCUUAUCGAGAAGAUAGAUAUAUGA